GUUUGGUAUUCGAUGAUGCUUACAACGCUGUAAACUGUAAACGUGAAUCGGACCGCAGCAGUGAACAGCUGUUUAACAGCCGCCGUAUUCUUGAUUAUGCAGUUCGGUCAUGCACGAGAGACAACCGUUAGUACCAUUUUCCACGGAGUGAACCUACUGUUUUUACUUAUACUGUACCCUCAGUGAGCAUAAAGAGCGAGCUCUAUGCUGGUUCGCGGCGAUGCAUUGUGCAGGAAGUAGUACCGGGCGGUACGGCGAGACGGAAGCAGAAAAAUACAGAGUGUACGCGAGCGUAUCGUUCGCAGUAUUAUUAUUGGGGAUUGGCGUACCUCUCUGGUGGCACACUACAACGGUGCCUCGUGUUACACUUCCUUAUGCCGGAAUUGAUGAAUUAUCGCAACUGGACAUUAGAAUUACUACAAAGAUUACUGUCGCGGCGCUCUCACACAAUCGUGCCGAGUUGUUCGCACGUGAAAUCAGGCGAACGUUUGUAAACGCUGGCAAGAUCUAA